AUGGUGCACACCAAAGCCCAAGUCGAGCGACAGGCUUGCCAUCGCCUAGCCACCGAAAUGUAUGCCAAGUUGCCGCGCGAACUACGGGAUAUUAUUUACGAAUACGCCAUCAAAGAGCGCAUAUUGCACCGCGUGCCCGACUUCCCACAACGCAAAAAUGCCGAGGUGCUAUCGAUACAGCGCAUAUACAGCCAACAUUACGUUGGCGUGGAAGUCGCACGCGAGGCAGUAGAGUACUACUACUCCGAACAGCACAUCAUCGCCAAAUUCCAAACUCUAAGGGAUACUCUCACUCGAGACAUCUUCCACCUGGGCGUUAAACCCUACAUGCACAUCCGAACCCUACAUGUUCGCAUCAAUAAUGACAAGAUCAGCGACUGUCUUGUGACUAAGGCAGGAGCAGACGGUCACGGCCGACUCAUUGAGAACGCAGCCAUGGAACAAAGUAUAGCGCAGGAGAAAAGAAACCUUAAUGAUCUGUACCAGAAGCUGGAAGCGGGCUUUGCUCUUCUCCAGGCAAAGAGAGAGUCUUCGUCGCUGAAGCUCUGCAUCAUCAUCAAGAUGUCUGGAUACAAUGACGAUUACUAUGAAGAAACCCAGGAAGACGUUACUUCCAGGCGGGAUUACGAACGCAGGUUCAUGAAUGUACUGGAAACCAUACGAAAGCCGGUGUAUGACAUGAUCCACGCCGGAUGUAAUGUCGAAGUAAAAUUUGAGCCAGGAGUGGAUGACGGCUACGAGGACCGCUAUUGGGGCAACGGCACAUACAGUGGCUGCGAAAGUGAUUCGGAUUUUUACUUAGAUGUCGUUUCGCCUUUGACUCUGACGCCGCCAUUGUUCCACCUCAGCAAAGAGGAAUGGGAAAAGGUUUGUACGCUCUCCUAG